CCCCACAGACCAUGAAAUUCGCUACUUGCUGCCUCCUACUCAGCGUACCAGAUACCAGACCAAGGUGUUUCAGCAGUCCGUCACCAUCCUCAUUAAACUACAGCAAAAUACAACGAGCGGCGGAGCGUCGGCGGUAGCGGAGCGUGGGGUGUCUGUAGGCCCUUGGCGAGUGCCUGAGGAACAACUGCCUGUACUGGUGGGCACCAUCACUGGCGCCUCCCUCCUGGUCCUCCUCCUGCUCUCCCUCCUCCUCUACACCUGCUGCCACCACAACCCCACCCACAAGAACUACAGUGUGAAGAGUGAAGUGUCAAGUGUGACGUCAGGACGUACUCAAGGGUCAGCUCCCAGCCUCAGUAGAGACUCCCUGGUGGUGGUGACACAUGCUUCCUCUGGUCACCAGGCUUGUCUUCUUUCUGAGCGAGACUCACCCUCUGAGUACAUCUAUGACUGUGGGUGUUGCUGUGACCCACCUUGUGAACUGGCCUGCUCCUGUGACUGCCCGGAUGAUGAUGAUAACAGCGAGCAUUGUGGAGUGUCUGAGGAAGGUCACCAGAGUCCCGAUGACCUCCUGCCACGGAGCCUCUCCAUGCCCCUCAAGGAACAGGCCCAAAUGCAAGGAAAUGAUGACAGUGGGGAAACAAGCAACAACAACAGCGUGCGGUCCAAGGUCUGUCAGCGGCCCACCAGUAACCCAGUCGCCUUCAGUCCCUGUGACCUGACCCUUCCACGACCCCCUAGACGAGAUUCGGGGUUGAGUAGUGAAACCCGGGGUCGGACCUUGGAGGGUGGGUGUCUUCCACUGGCACCAGAAUCCCGGCUGGACGAACAGAGCGCAUCAUCAAGUGCACUGGACAGUGUCUCUCCAGCUGGACGCGGCGGAGAACUGGAAGGUGCCGUAGUGGAUGAGGCUUUCCGAACACGUUCACUUCCGGCUUGGGUUAGGAAUAAGACACGACCUUUGGCAGCCUUGGAUGACCUCAAUACUAUCUAUGAGAAGCCAAACUGGAGCAAACGCCGUAGAAAUCGCAUGCGAAGUGAUGCUGCUGCUGUUAUUGCCCUCAGUAAAUCCCGAGGUCGUCUACUGUCUCCCAGUCCUCAAGUAGCAGGUCAAGCAGCUGCUGCAGCUACUCCACCAGACACUGCAGCUCUUGUGGAAAAUGAAGCAGUCAUAGUAUAUGAUGAGAGAACCGCACUGUAAAUUAAAAGUGCUCCUUUUCUAUUGUAUACAAUUGCUGGAGUAUGUUUGGCCGAGAAUAUAUCAGCCGAGACAUUUCCUUGACUAAUUAAACCAAACUGGUGCAAAUAUUUCAGGGCAAAAAGAUGUGUAGGCAAAUUAUGUGGUCAUCAUAUACAAGACUGGUGGAUGUUCAUGGCUAGUGUGAAAGAUCUUACACAUGGUGACACAGGUAAUCUUAAUGUUGAAUAUGAUUGUAAAUACUUUUUCAUUAGAAUUUUCGUAUUUGCCCCUCAUCUUUUGUAAGUGCAAAGUUUAUACCUGACAGUAAUAAAAUUAUUUAGCUUUGUAAUUCAUAUUUGCUUUUAGGGAAAACCCCAGUAUUAAGAUAUUUCAGGAAGCUGCUAUACUAUUUACUGUAUCUUCAUCUGUCUAUCAAGUUUAAUACCAGGGGUGGAACAGUUUGCUCAAGCCUUACAUGACCAAGGCUUUUCUAGACCUCUGAGAGAGCUUUUAUUUUGUGACAACCAGGCCAUACCCCCCCCCCCCCAUCCUACCCUUAUAGUCGCCUCUACAACAUACAAGGGAAUACUGAAGCUCUAUCUGUUUUUCUGUAGCCUGACCCCAACAGUCAACCUAUCACAAACAACUUCCAACUGGGUCUCUGUAAUCCCUAAUGUACUAAUCUUGUACAUAUAGUCUUGAGGAUUUUGAUAAGAGGUGAAUAUAUGUAUACUAUAUAAGUGAUAUUAAACACAAUUUAUUCCCUUUAUAUACUGUAUUUAAUUUGAAAAAAGAUUAUUUAUGUGUGUUUUCCCAUUUGUUAUUAAGGUUAUGAAUUACUAUUGUAUAAAAAUGAGUACUGUAGUUUGAUUGUAUCAUCAUCUGUUGCAGAAUUUUAUUAUGGCCAUCAAUAUCCGUCUCUGUAUUAAGGUUUAGAACCUUAUCCUAAAGUUAAAACUAAGAAAAAGUCUUAUGUUACAAAACUUUUGAAUAUAUUUCUUGGGAAUCUUGAUAGGUAACUAACCCAAAUCCUUUCCCAAGUGGUCUAACCAGUAGCAGUCUUUGAUUAUUAAACAAAUAUCCUGUUACUGUCUAAAUUUGCAAAGUUCCCUCAUUCUUUGUCAAAAGAAUGUACAGGGGGUCCCCGAGUUAUGAACGUCAGCAUUUAAUUAAAAUGGAUACCAAGUAAUUCCCAGGCCGAGCAUCGAAAUUUUGAACCAGUUCCCUAUCUGUGUGUUAUAUGUUAUGUUCUGGUUACUUUUUGACUUGUAAUUUUGGGUAGAUACAAUAUUUUCUGAGAACUGCUAUGCAGUGUGUAUACUGUACUAACUUGUAUCAUUUUUGCUCUUUUUAUGCUUUCAUUAUUGCUAUUUAUAUUGUGUACUGUAUAAUAUAAAACUAUGAAAAGAGAUAAAUGAAGAGUGAGAAGUGAAUCUUGUGUGGGAGAGGUGGGAGGCAUGUUCAGUGAGUGGCUGGAGGAUUGAGACAACUCCCUCCCUCCUCUUUGAUGUCAGUGUAUAAUUCAGCUACUGGUGUAGAUGAAUCAUACACCUGGCAGAGUGACGGGUGGGACUGCAGCUCUGCAGCUCCUAUGGACAUGUAUGCAAUUUCAUCAUAAUUCCGAUAUCACAGUACUUAAGUUGACUUGGUGCCAGGUUAAUAAAAUUUUUUAAAACAAUCAAUUUUCCUCCCAAAAAGCCCCACACUUAAUCCCAGAUGAAUUAUUGUGUAGUAUUAAAUUUCCAGUGCUUUGCUUAUGGAGUGACAACAGCUGAUCAGUGCUUUCAUCUCUGAUAUUGGUGUGAUGCAGAGGAUGAUUAUGAGAUGGGUAGGAACUGUUUAUGUAAUGUAGAACUUCAUUUUGUUAUAUAUUAUAUAUAUAUAUAUAUAUAUAUAUAUAUAUAUAUAUAUAUAUAUAUAUAUAUAUAUAUAUAUAUAUAUAUAUAUAUAUAUAUAUAUAUAUAUAUAUAUAUAUAUAUAUAUAUAUAUAUAUAUAUAUAUAUAUAUAUAUAUAUAUAUAUAUAUAUAUAUUAUAAUUUUAAAGAUAAGGAUGGGUUUUAUUCAUAUUUCAUUGCAUAAUGAACAUGGUUCUGAGUUAUAAACAAUUUGACUUACGAAUUGGGUCUAGGAAUUUAAUCCAAUCGUAACUUGGGGACCUCCUGUAUCCAGUUACAUGGAAUAACAGUCCUCCACCUCCAUAGCCAGUAUCAUAUUAUGUAACUAACCAACCUGCCCAUAAAGUAGUCAGUACAGUACAGUUUUAAGUACCAGUCCCAUCCCUACAAUGAGUGAUGUAGCCAGUACAGUCCUGACCCACUAAAGUGACCUAGCCAUUACCAUAAGGUUAAGAUUUAAGACCUCAAUGGAUUUUUUAUAAUCAGAUGAUACUUUUAGACUAAAAAAAUAUGUAUUGAAACCUUUUAUAUCAUGCUUUUUGUGUAUGAAAGUGUUAGUGAAUGGAUUUUUUUAGUGCCUUGUAAGAAUGAAGCUUUGUAGUAUGACAUAGACUUAAUUGUCUUUUAAUACUGACUUAAAUGUUGUAAAUUAAAUGUAUUAUAUUAUCAUAGUUUAUGUAUGAUAAAGAAAUCUUGAUA